AUGGUAGAACCCGCGUUCUUGGCCGUGUUGCGCGCCGGACAAACGUUCCUCAGGCUCGCAGCGAACGAAGGGCUCAGUGUCGGGGCGAUGUCCUUUUUGGGGUGUGAUGGGUCUGUGCUGCUGGACUCCAAGGGAAAGAACAAAGCCGAGAAAGACGGGCCUCCGAACAUCUCGUUGCACGCAUUUUACGUGAUCGACAAUGCCAAGAAGGCACUGGAAGAGCAAUGCCCGGGCGUCGUGUCUUGCGCUGAUAUUCUCGCACUUGCUGCGAGAGAUGCCGUCGUUCUCUCAGGGGGGCCAACAUGGGAGGUGCCCAAAGGAAGAAAAGAUGGAAGAGUAUCGAAAGCAAUAGAGACGAGACAGUUACCAGCUCCCACUUUCAACAUUUCUCAAUUACAACAAAGUUUUGGCCAGAGAGGACUCUCCGUGCAGGAUCUUGUUGCUCUCUCCGGAGGGCAUACACUGGGAUUCGCCCACUGCUCAUCCUUCCAGAACAGGAUCCACAAUUUCAACACCAAAAAGGACAUCGACCCGACACUGAGCCCUUCGUUCGCUGCGAGCCUGAGGAACGUUUGUCCGGCGCGCAACACGGCCAAGAACGCGGGUUCUACCAUGGACUCCACGACCACGUCGUUCGAUAACGUGUAUUUCAAGAUGCUCCUUCAAGGGAAGUCCCUGUUCUCUUCGGACCAAGCGCUUCUCACUGCUUCCUACACCAAGAAACUUGUCUCAAAAUACGCCACGUCCAAGGAAGAGUUCGACAAGGCCUUUGUGAAGUCGAUGAUCAAGAUGGGUAGUAUCAGUGGUAACGGCAAUGAGGUGAGACUGCAUUGCAGCAGGGUUCGGUAGAUAUAUAUAUAUGCUUGGUCUUUGAAGAAAUGGCGUUGUUUGGCGUUGUGAAGCUAAUUAUUUUGUGAUUUUGUGAGUGAUGUCCCUCCAAAAGAAGAAGGGUGUGAGUGAGUUGCUUUUUAGUUCUUGUAAUUUCAUUUUCUCCUCCUAUUAGCACCAAUAAAAUAAAAAUAUUAAAAAAAUUCGAAUAAUGUA